AUGUGGCGAGACCGCACGAACCUAUACAUCUCCUACCGGCAGUCUUACGCGCAUCACCCUACACAGCGAAGACCUUAUGGACCGGGCGCCCUUGCUUCUGGUCCCCUUGCCGACACCUAUACUAGCAGUUAUGCGAACGACGAUCGUCGCGGCCUUCUAUCGGCCGGCGCGUUUGAAGACGAUGGCGAUGCCGUGAUUGAGAUGGAUUUACUGCCCCCUCGAUGGGCUGAUGUUUCGGAUGAGAUCACAGACUUGCUUGCCAAUAUCGCGACAAAGAGCCAGAGCUUGGAGAAGCUACACCAAAAGCAUGUGCUACCUGGUUUCAAUGAUGAAGAUGCUAAAAGGGCCGAGGAAGCGCAAAUAGAGAAGCUUACACAAGACAUCACCAAGGGUUUUCAUGACUGCCAUCGCUGCAUUCAAAGAAUCGAACAAAUGGUGCGGGAAUCACAGCACGCAGGUACCAUCACAAGGGCAGAGGAGACCAUGGCCAAGAACAUACAAAUUUCCCUGGCUGCUCGAGUUCAAGAUGCAAGCGCUAGUUUCAGAAAGAAACAGAGUGCUUAUCUAAAAAAGCUUCGUGGCAUGGGUGGCUUUGGCGGGUUGAGUCCUGGUGAGAGAUCUAGUACACCACAGCCAGGUUCCUAUCUCGACCCAUCUCUUCAAGAAUCUGAUGCAGAUCGAUCUUUUUCACAAUCGACGCUCCAAGCAACCCAGCAGCAAAGAGUGCUCCAUUCCAAUGAUGCUGCGAUUGCUCAACGCGAACGAGAGAUUGAAGAUAUUGCCCAAGGUAUUAUCGAACUGUCUGACCUCUUUCGAGAUCUCCAGAACAUGGUCAUCGACCAGGGCACAAUGCUGGAUCGUAUCGACUACAAUGUUGAGCGCAUGAACACUGAUGUCAAAGCGGCUGAUAAGGAGCUAGUUGUAGCUUCUGGCUACCAGCGGAGGACGACCAAGCGCAAGAUCAUUCUCCUCCUCAUUCUAAUAAUCUUUGGCAUGAUCAUUCUAUUAGUGAUCAAACCCAAGAAGCAUGGGUAG